AUGGCAGUUUAUGCUGCACAUUUAACCCGUACUUUGCAAGGUACUCCAUCAAUUUUUCAAAUCGCUGCUCAGGAAGCUUUGGGAUCGACGGUUAAACCAGCGCUCAAAAGACUUAUAGAGUACUUGGCAUCUGUGUACCCUAACAAAUGUGGAUGGUGUGAAAGGUGGUACGAUGAGCUAUAUUUGCUAUUAGAUUUUUGCCUGCAGUAUCACUACUUGAAACACUAUGCUGCCUCGUUCUCGGAAUGUUUCUAUGGUUUGUUGCGUGUACCAAUAAGCCCUAGCAAUGAGUUUCACUCUGGAACUCGGCUACCUGAAGGGCUGGAAAAAGGUUCCUUGAUACUACUUGUAUUUGUGCCAUAUUUGAAGGACAAAGUUGAACGGAUCGUAGAAAAAUGGAGGGAAGACAAUGAAGAUGGGUAUCUGGGUAAGAGCACUGGCGAUCGAGCACGCAAAGCCGCGAUAAAACUAUACUCCAUAACUCACUUUGUACUGGAGACAGCAAAGCUGGUUCAACUUGCACGUUACCUGACGGGUCGCACUGUGUCGCCGGCCUUAGAAUUGGCUUUACUUGGUUUAACAGUAAAAGAUGCACCACCUCCUGAACCUGAGGAGUACACUUGGUCGGAUUUGUUUAGAAGUCUCAGGGCUGGGCAAAUGAGCGAUGCAUCGUUAUCGUUCCCGCUCCUGGGCCGUGGGCUGCUUAGCGCAGUACAGUACGGAGCGUUUGCAGUGCAGUUGUUACGCUGGUGGGAGGCACGAGCCCCACCCAUUACAGCUUUGCCAUUACCCAAGCCACCAGAGAAAACUGAACAGACGCUCAGAUGGAAGAACAAAUGCCCGGUUUGUCUGCAGUCCUGGAAGGUGCCGACAGUGUUGCCUGUCUCUGGAUACGUGUUCUGUUACGGGUGUGUUUCCCGGCACGUGCGCGCGAACGGCACUUGCCCGGUGACGCGACUGCCCACUUCUGAGCACACACUUGUACGUCUCUACCUUGGCGUCUGA